CGCGAGUCUGUGAGUGUUUUGUGUGCCGCUUUCAGUCCUCCAGCAGCAGCUUCAGUCUCUACAACUGGAGUCCAGCAGGAGAAUAGAAGAGGAGCGGGAUUAUCUCCAGGAGGAGGAUGAAGAUGACGAUGAUGAUGAUGAAGAUGAUGAUGGAGGUAGUGCCGUGUAGACUCGUGUUUCUCGCCGUGUUCUUUGGAGCCCGGGUCCAGCAAACUGAAGGCUUACAGUGCUACUGUCACCGCUGCCCGAACCACACGUGUACGACGGACGGGCUGUGUUACGUGUCCAUCACCCGCGCGGGCAGCGUGACCACACAGCAGAGCUGGUGCAUCGGUGAGGGGGAGCUGAUCCCGCGCGACCGCCCCUUCGUCUGCGCACCGUCCACCAAAGACGACACCGGCAUCUACCCGCUCUGCUGCGACACCGACUGGUGCAACAAGAACCCCGACCUCAUCCCAAUCCCAGUGCCGACGCAGAAGCCUCCCGCUCUGGGGCCCGUGGCGUUCGCAGCACUGAUCGCGGGGCCGGUGUGUGUGCUGUGUUUCCUGAUGGUCACCGUCUUCUACAUCUGCCACAGCCGCUCCGUCAUUCACCACCGCGUGCCCAGCGAGGAGGACCCGUCCCUGGACCACCCCUUCAUCACUGUGGGCACCACACUCAAAGACCUGAUCUACGACAUGACCACAUCUGGAUCUGGCUCCGGUCUGCCUCUGCUGGUGCAGCGUACGAUCGCUCGCACCAUCAUCCUGCAGGAGAGCAUCGGUAAGGGCCGGUUCGGGGAGGUGUGGCGCGGCCGCUGGAGAGGAGAGGAGGUGGCGGUGAAGAUCUUCUCCUCCAGAGAGGAGCGCUCCUGGUUCCGGGAGGCCGAGAUCUAUCAGACCGUCAUGCUGAGACACGAGAACAUCCUGGGCUUCAUCGCCGCCGACAACAAAGAUAACGGCACAUGGACUCAGCUGUGGCUGGUGUCUGAUUAUCAUGAGCACGGCUCUCUGUUCGAUUACCUGAACCGCUACACAGUGACUGUAGAGGGGAUGAUCAAACUCUCUCUGUCCACCGCCAGCGGCCUCGCUCACCUGCACAUGGAGAUCGUCGGCACACAGGGGAAGCCUGCGAUCGCCCACCGGGAUCUGAAGUCUAAGAAUAUUCUGGUGAAGAAGAACGGCACGUGCUGUAUUGCAGACUUGGGUUUGGCCGUCCGGCACGACUCCGCCACAGACACCAUCGACAUCGCCCCCAAUCACAGAGUCGGCACCAAACGGUAUAUGGCUCCAGAAGUGCUGGAUGAUUCCAUAAACAUGAAGCAUUUCGAGUCCUUCAAGAGGGCUGAUAUCUACGCCAUGGGCCUGGUGUUCUGGGAGAUCGCCAGCCGCUGCUCUAUCGGAGGUAUUCAUGAAGAUUAUCAGCUGCCGUAUCAUGAUCUGGUCCAGUCGGACCCAUCAGUGGAGGAGAUGCGGAGGGUGGUGUGUGAACAGAAACUGAGGCCAAACAUCCCCAACAGAUGGCAGAGCUGCGAGGCUCUGCGUGUGAUGGCUAAGAUCAUGCGGGAGUGCUGGUAUGCUAACGGAGCGGCUCGACUGACGGCGCUGCGCAUCAAGAAGACUCUUUCCCAGCUCAGCCAGCAGGAGGGAAUCAAGAUGUAGAUCUUCGCCGAGCAUUCUGGGAAACGCUGUUCACACGGACUGCAUCAGCAGCACAGCGGCGGCGGAUCUCCAGUUUCUAGCCUCCAGACUCCAGCUCGGGUUUGUGUGCAGAAAAACUGAUUUCUGUGGGACCUUCUUUUGCACCUUGUGUUUGAGCUUCUCACUGCAGUUCUUCAGGUUUUUCUUUAUUUUUGCAAAAAAAACACCACCACCGACUCAUUGGGAGAUUCGUCAACAGGGGGACGUGUUUUAAAUGAUUCAUUAUGUGCCCUGGCAGACAUCUGGCUGCAUUACCUGUAGAAAACUAAAGCUACCAGGUGGUUUUCUGUUCCUUUCACACUACAUCUGACCGCUUACCCCCAUAUGGAGGAGCUUUCCUGAGCGGUCAGUUUGCUCUGCAGCUCACCUUGUACAGUGUCAGACUUGGGACGCAGAGUAGACCAGGGAUGGAAUCUGGCGAAGGACAGUGUCAGAAACCAGAAACCCAAAACCCCAUGAUGCACUUUUCUCUUCUAAUUUGUUUUGAAAACACUAGCAGAUUAGGGAAGAGGAGUGGGGCAGUCGAAAGCUCAUCUACAGUGCUCAGCGUAUACGUGAUCACCCCUCAUACAUCACUCUUUUAAAUUCAUGUUUAAUAGGAAGCUCUACAAUAUUAUAUGUGUGCAUAUACAUUAGAUUAGUCAGUACUGAAGCCAAAUCUGGAGCUUAUUGAACUAAAUAACCCACGAUAACGCUCCAGAAACUAGCACAGCCAAGUGUAUAUGUUAUAGAAAAUAUUAAAUACAAAUUUAACAAAGAGGAAGAAUCAAAAGAAGCAAAACAUGAAGAAUUUAGAGGAAAUUUUGUAGCUUGUAAUUUAUUUUUGCAAUAUUUAUCUUGAAUUCAAUUGUAUUAUCUUUCGAUUUCUAAAUAUAAAUUAAAGUAUAAAUUUUAUAAAUAUAUCUGUUUAAUAAAUCAGUUUUGAUUAAAUGCACCAAAACACACUGCCUAUAUUCACUAAGAAAUGGAGGAAAUAUUAAUCUUCAAAAUGAGCUGUCCUCAGUUAUGCUGAGCACUGUAAAUGUAUUAUUAAAAGGACGUAUAAAUGUCACGUACAAUGGGGAAACAUGGCCCAAUGACGUAUUUGAUAUUGUCAAAAAUGUACACCGCGGCCUCUAGUGGAUAUGUGAGAAAUUACAGGUAUGAAAAAACGUAGCUUAGUAACAUUUGAGAUGGUCAGGAAUAUGCACAAGCGGCCUAUAGUGGACCUAAGAGAAAUUGCAUGUAUGAGCAAACGUGGCUUAAUGACAUAUUUGAGAUCAUCAAAAACGUACAUGGCAGCCUCUAGUGGAUUUCAGAGAAAUUGCACAUACAGGUAAACAUGGCCAAGCGACGUAUUUGAGAUUUGCAGAAAAUGUACACGGCGCCCUCUUGUGCAUUGACGAAAAAUUGCACAAAUGAGCUAAUGUGACCCGGUGACGUAUUUGAGAUUGUCAGAAAUGUACAUGGUGGCCACUAGUGGAUUUACAGAAUUUGUACGUAAAGAUGGCCAAUGACGUAUUUGAGAUUUGCAAAAAAUGUACACGACACCCUCUUGUGGAUCGACAAAAAAAUGUCAAAACUGUGCAAACAUGGCCCGGUGACAUCUUUGAGUGUCAAAAAGGUACAUGGCAGCCUCUAGAGGAUUUACGAAAAACUGCACGUAUGAGAAAACAUGACCAAGAGACGUAUUAAAGAUUCACAGAAAUAUACACAACAGCCUCUAGUGGAUUUACGAAAAAUUGCACAUACGAGUAAACAUGGUGCAGUGACAUUCCAGAUUCGAGAUUGUCAACAAUCGCACAUUGUACUGGUUGAUUUUGGAGAAAUUCCACAUACACAUGGCGUAGUGACGUACUUCAGAUUGUCAUAAAUGUACUCGGCGCCCUCUAUUAGAUUUAUGAGGAAUUGCACUUAGGAGGAACCGUGGCCCAAUAGCAGCGUAUUCUAGAUUGUCAACCGUACGCAGCAGCCUCUGGUGGGUUUAGGAGAGCCUGCACAUAUGAGCAAACAUAGGCCAGUGACAUAUUGAGACUGUCUGGUGGACUAGUGAAAUCAAAAGCUUCCAGCAGACGUGGCCCUGAGCACAUAUUCCCCAAUAAAACACAUCCCUGUGUGUGAAUCUCCAAUGAGCCGGUGUUGAAAAGGAAACUGGACCCGACCUCAUUCAGUCUAGCGCACACACACAUGCUGUGACACAUAUGCAAUAUAGAUGAAGCGAUCGACUUUAUAUUUUUACUGCUCUGCUACAACAAAUACCACGACAACCAUGCCUUCCAAGCCAGGUGUAACCAGAAAGUGCCACUGCUUUGAACCAACAAACCAACCAACAACCAACCAACCACGGACCCUCGCGGCGUGCGGUCGGUCCAGCAGACCACCGUCUCUUAUGCACACCCGCCGGUGCCAUGUCCAUCCGCUCUGCUCCUCAUCCUUCCCAUGAUGCAGUGCUGAUGCAGACGCUACAACCGUCAGACCUCUCAUCCCAGCAUGCACUGCGGCCGCAGUACUGGAACACGCCCACAGGGGGCGGAGCACACUACCAGAACACAGGAAGAUUCCCUCAUGCUUUAGAAGCUGAUUGUGUGUUCAGUGAGGAGGAGCGUAUACCCAGCAGAGUACUGUAGAGCUGUGAACGAUUAGUGCUGUCUUACAGAAGAGAUUUAUUAUUGAGCAGCAGUGUUCCUCCAUUUCUCUCAGUCAAUGCUGGUGGCUCAGUGGUUAGCACAGCAAGAAGGUCUCUGGUUUGAGUCCCGGCUGGGUCAGUGUGUGUUUCUGUGUGGAGUUUGCAUGUUCUCCC